UACAAGAGGCCAUGGACCGACAUAUCGAAAUGGAAAUGGGGAUAGGUAUUAAAAUGAUUGGCCAAGGGGAAAUCCUGCUUUCUGUGAAUGGAGCAAAGGUGCUCGACAAAGCAGUCCCUCAGCCCGUGCUGGGUCUCACCAAUGAAGAGGAAGCUGCAUCGGGAGUACCAGAUAGACGACCCCAAAAAUUCACAGGUGAAGUGUUGCCUCAUCUGGAUGGACUACUUGGGGCCCUGAAAGGAGGUGAAUGGACAGGUGCAAAAUUUCAGCUUGCAGGGAUAAAUGCCAGGAGGAAAAUUAGUGGGGGGAGGGUUGGGGAACAAAUGAACAGGGGAAUCACAGAGUGGAGGCAUUAGAUAAAGGAUGUAUUUGGUGGUAGGGUCCUGUUGAAGAUAGCAGAAGUUACACAGAGUAAUAUACUGGAUGAAGAGUCUCAUGGGGUGGUAGGGACAAACAAGAGGAACUCUAUACCCGUCAAGGUGGCAGGAUGAUGGGGUGAGGAUAGGUCCAGGAAAUGGAGGCGAUGUGGUGAGGGCAAGUCCGGGAAAUGGAGGCGAUGUGGGUGAGGGCAGCAUCCACUGUGGAGGAAGGGAAACCCCAUUCUCUGAAGGAGGAGGACAUCUCUGAUACCUUGGAAAGGAAAGCCUCAUCCUGGGAACUGAAGCAACAGAAACAAAGGAACUGAGAAAAGGGAAUAGUAUUUUUACAGGCGACAGGUUGGGAAGAGGUAUAAUUAUGUUAGCCAUGGGAAUCGGUAGGUUUAUAAAAUACAUCGGUAAAUAGUUUGCCUCGGACAGCGAGGCCUAGAAACGGGAGAGAGGUGUCAGAAAUGGACCAAGUGGAUUUAAGGGCAGGGUGGAAGUUAGGGGCAAAUUUGCUGAAAUUGACAAGUUCCGCACGGGUGCGGGAAAGAGCACCAAUGCAGUCGUCAACGUAGCGCAAAGAGCUGGGGAGCAUUAUCGGGGAAGGCCUGGAACAUGGACCCAUUGAACCUCGUCUAGCCAACUCCAAGGCAGACAUAGCUGGAGCCCAUAACUUCACAUUGAGUUUGGAGAAAGUGGGAGGCACAUUGUCGAGUGAGGGCCAGCCCCGUCAGACGGAGGAGGGUGGCGGUAAAGGGUAACUGGUUAGGUCCCACGCCAGCUAGAGUGCAACGUUGCACUAGAAGUGGUGCCUCCUCUAUACCCGCCCUUCCAUUCUCGUCACUUCCUGGGCUGGAGUCCGGGGCUUUGCCGAAACUUCCCGGAAAUCCAGGAGUGCGACUGCUACCGAACCGCUACUUGUUAAAUUGGGAUUCUUUGAUUGUUUGCAUAAGUGCUUGUGACUUACGGCUGUGAUGGCUGCCUUGCGACUUCCCCCUGCUGCCAGCAAACUGAGCGAACUGGGGUGGGUGGCGUCUCCGGCCGGGCAGUGCCGAGCCCGGGUUGCGAUCACGGUGCGGGCUCCGGUCGGCGGCCGAUCUCUGCAGCGGGCGAGCAGCUCCAGCCCCGAUCCCGACUAUCUGCACGAAAGCAUCGUUCCCACCAACCACUUCCAGAAGAGUCUCCCGCGGUUACCCAUUCCAAAGCUGCAGGAUACAGUCCGCCGUUUCCUGAAUGCACAGAGACCACUUUUAGAUAAUGACCAAUAUAGGAGAACAGAAAAGGUGGCUCACGAUUUUGAACAGGGGGUUGGGAAACAGUUACAUGAAGAACUUGUGGCUCAGGACAAAAGAAACAAACACACCAGUUACAUUUCGGGACCAUGGUUUGACAUGUACCUAAGUGCCCGUGAAUCAGUUGUCCUGAAUUUUAACCCCUUUAUGUCCUUUAAUCCUGAUCCAAAUCCUGCAUACAAUAACCAGCUAAUUAGGGCAGCCAACAUGACUGUGUCUGCAGUACGUUUCAUGAAGACUUUUCGUGCAGGCUUACUAGAACCUGAAAUUUUCCACCUCAAUCCUGCUAAAAGUGACACAGCUCUUUUCAAGAAUAUCAUUCGCUUUGUUCCCAGUUCUGUUUCAUGGUAUGGUGCCUAUAUGGUUAAUGCCUAUCCACUUGAUAUGUCUCAGUACUACAGACUCUUCAAUUCCACUCGUAUUCCCAGACCAAUUCGAGAUGAGCUUCUUACAAACAACAGUGGCAAGCACUUGCUGGUGAUGAGAAAUGGACAUUUCUAUAUAUUUGAUGUUAUUGAUCAAGAUGGAAGGAUCACAAAGCCUUCAGAAAUCCUGGCACAUUUCCAGUAUAUUUUGUCUGAUUCCAGCCCCCCUCCUGAAUUUCCACUUGGGUAUUUGACGAGUGAGCAUCGAGAUGUCUGGUCCUCACUAAGACAGAGACUAUUGGAGGCUGGGAAUAAAGAGGCAUUAAAUAAAAUAGAUUCUGCUGUCUUCUGUGUUUGCCUUGAUGAUAUUACCAUCAAAGACCACCGUGAGCUCUCCCAUAACAUGCUUCAUGGAAAUGGCCUCAACCGCUGGUAUGACAAAUCGUUCAGUUUCAUAUUAACCAAAGAUGGCAGUGCAAGUGUGAACUUUGAACAUUCGUGGGGGGACGGCGUCGCUGUCCUGCGUUUACAGAAUGAGGUUUUCAAAGACACAACCACGCGGCCUGCAGUUUCCCCAACAACACAGCCUGCAAUAGUUGACUCCUCUAAGAAUGUGCAGAAGCUUGAGUUUAAACUCGAUGAUGUUCUUAAAGUGGGUAUUUUGAGUGCUAAAGAAAAAUUUGACACCACUGUGAGCACGUUGACUAUCGAAGCUGCCGAGUUUAAAAAAGGUGGGAAACUGUUCCUGAAAGAGCAGAAGCUGAGUCCGGAUGCAGUGGCUCAACUUUCUCUUCAAAUGGGCUUUCUGAGGCAGUAUGGCAAAACAGUAGCCACUUAUGAGUCAUGCAGCACUGCAGCAUUUAAACAUGGUCGUACAGAAACUAUUCGCCCUGCCACCGUAUACACCCAGAAGUGCUCUGAGGCAUUUGUGAGGCAGCCUUCGAAACAUAGCAACUCGGAGUUGAAGGCAAUGAUAGACGAGUGCUCCAAGUAUCAUGGGCAGCUAACCAAAGAGGCUGCAAUGGCUCAGGGAUUUGACCGCCAUUUAUUUGCCUUGCGUUACCUGGCAAAAUCUAAAGGAAUGCCUUUGCCAGAACUAUUCCAAGAUCCAUCAUAUAUUAAAAUUAACCACAACAUUCUUUCCACCAGCACUCUAACCAGUUCGGCUGUCCAGUUGGGAGGCUUUGCACCUGUUGUUCCUGAUGGUUUUGGAGUUGGAUAUAGUGUUCAUGAUAACUGGAUGGGUUACAAUAUUUCCAGCUAUCCUGCUCGAGAUGCUAAGGAAUUCAUUAAGUGUGUAUGCAAAAGUCUGGAUGAUAUUUUUCACAUAUUGGAAGGGCAACCCAUCAGCGGCUGAGUUACAGAAACUGAAGUAGAGAGGGAAUUGAUGUUAUCCCACAGCUACUGAACUUAAGGCCCUAAAAUGUUAUACUUUAAUGUUAUCCCUUAAUCAGCACAUUAGAAAGAAUUAAAAUCAUUCUUAAUUGUUGAGGUUUUGGAUGCUAAUGUUGGUUAGACAUUGAUAGUUCAGUCCUCUAAUCCAGGUGAAAGCAAACCAGAUUAGUUAGAUACAACUGCUUUCCAAUAUCAACUGUGAUAUGUUUAUGGGACUCAAAACGCAAACUUGACAUUCUUAAUCGAAGAGCUACAAAUUACUGAAAUACAACUCCAGUAUACUCUUCUGUAGCCGGAGUUGAGGUAUAUCACUAGAGAACUUUAAUAUGUGUUCAACUGUGCUACCUCUGACUUGGACAUACUUGACAUUCACACAGUAUAAUGGAAAUGUUAGGUACACUCUAACAUCAUCACAGCUAACCUUGAUCAUGUGCAGACCAUCGCUAGGUAACAAGCAGGUUCCACUUUUACAAGUGUUCAUAUGUUGAUUUUGUUUUUAAGUUAGCAAAUAUAAAAUCACUCUAAGGUAAAAUACAUCUCUGUGGUAUUAUACUAUAGCAUCAAAAGCAUAUAGGACUGAUAAGAAAGAUCAAUUACCAAAGUGGAAGGAGGGAGGGAGGGAGAAAGAAAAGGAGGGGGGAAUAUUCGCACACCCAUUGGACUUUAACAUUAUGGGAGCUUGCUAGUAUGUACAGGUAUCCAUAAAUUGAUUGCCCGUAACUCAGGGACACCCCGUUUUUAAUUAGGUUUGUUAUGUGCCUUCCUUUACCACCACAAUCUGCUCCUUGAUACGUCAAUAGAUGUCAUUGUUUUACUAUUAUGAAACUGAAAAUAUCAUCAAGCUACUGGUGGAUACUUUUCUUCCAUUAUACUGUAUUUAAAUCCUGAUCCAAAUCUUGAUGAACUAAAGAGGAACACCAAUGUGCAUUAAUUAGCUUAUUAAGUAAUUCUUAAAUGUUUUAUUAAACUGCUUGCAAUUUAUUUUAAAUUUAUCUUUUGAUCAAGACAUUUAUGUGCUAUAUGAAGAUAGUGAUGGAAUCACAUGCAAUAGAAAUUAGGAAAUUAGUUUAACUGAGAAUUCUGCAUAUCCGUUUUAAAACAUCUACUAAGAAUCAUUAGGAAAUGGCCCAGAUUUGAUUGGGACUCCAUAUUGUUCGUUAAUUUCCAGAUUAAAAGCGCCUCCAGAUCACAUUGAGUUUGCUUAAUUAGAAGCAUUAUUUCAAUUUAAGCAAUUGAUAUUUACUGGACAAGAUUAUUUUGUAACUUGCUGACCAACCUAAAUCUUUAAGAGCUGAUCCUCUCACCAGUCCACUCCAAGCUAAGCAACUACACUUAAUUUUGCUUGUUUUUCCUUGUCAGUUUGAUAAGUCUACAUUCAAAAUGCCUCCUUUUUCAAACAUUUUGUAACAUUUAUUUAAUGAUGAUUACACAAAGAUUAAUCCUCAUUACACAUUCUAUGUAAUGUUUCAGAAAAACAAUUCAGAAAGACUUGCCUUGUAUGAAUUAAAAUUGAAGUGAUGUUUUUAAUUAUGCAAACUCAAGGCAAUUUCUAGGCGCUUUAUAUUGUGUUCAUUUAUAUUUAAAUCAAAAAGUCAGUCAUAAACUAAGCACUUGAAGUUGGUUGUGUUAGUAUCAAUUAAAAUACAAUUAGGGCCCUGCAAACCAAGAUGAAACAAAGAGCAAACUUGUGAAUGACAACCUCACGUUGAUGUACCUUUGCAGCUUCAAUAAUAAAUUAACGUAUUU